CUCUCUCUCUCUCUCACUGUGUCUCUCUCUGUGUGUGAACUCUCAAGUUCUGUCUGUGGCUCUUCUUGUUUCUGUCUGUGAACUCCCUCAGCUGAAAAUUGGAAUUGAUUCGCAUCCUGAGAUUGGAUCCUUCAAGUACCCUCCCACAUUGACCCACUCCCAUCUUGGCCUUUGACACCCUGAGUUUGAAUACCCCUGGACGAGCCCACCCACUUCUAAACAACACGUGCGGGAUCAUAGUAAUAUGAACAGUGGAUCCCUACAAAAUGGAGGAGGACGUUUAGAGCACUCGGAAGGUGUUCUGAGCUCCGAUAAUCCCACGGCUCAUUCCGGCGAAAGCGGCGGCGGCGGCAACUCCGGCCGUGGCGCCCAGCAAAGCAAUACUCCCAAGUCGCGUUACGUACCGCCUCACUUGAGAGGACGUGGAGGCGGCGCUCCCGCAGGAGGUGGACCCGAUUCCGACGGUGACUUUGGACGGAACGGAGGCGAUCGCGGAUCGCGAGGCGGUGGCCGUUGGAACGACGACCGCGGCGGACGUGGUGGUGGUGGUGGUGGCGGCGGUGGCUACAGCGAUCGCGGCUUCAACAACCGGUGGUCUACCACUAGUGAAUUCGGUCGCGGGGGUCGUGGUGGACCCGGCGGCGGCGGUGGUGGUGGUUCUUGGGGCGGUAGUGGCGGUGGCGGCGGGGGACGAUGGAACGAUGACCGCGGUGGUGAUCGAUACGGGUCUCGUGGAGGCGGCGGGGGUCGCUACGACAAUCGGGGUGGUUCGAACGGCGGCGGGGGUGGCCAAUCCGAAGACUGGCUCUCCCCCUUGCCUCGGAAUGAACGCCUCGAGUUGGAACUCUUUGGGGGCGGCCAUGGCCCGUCGGGCAUCAACUUUGACCGUUACGAGGAUAUCCCCGUGGACGCCAGUGGGAACGAUGCCCCUCCGGGCAUUGAAGAUUUCUCCCAAGUUGAGCUGACCCCGAUCAUUGCGGCCAAUAUUGAGUCCGCUCAUUACACCAAACCCACUCCCGUUCAGAAACACGCCAUCCCAGUUAUAUUGAAUGAGCGAGAUUUGAUGGCUUGCGCUCAAACUGGAAGUGGCAAGACGGCCGCAUUUCUUAUCCCCAUUCUUCAUCGCCUCCUUGUGUGCGGCCCGGUCACUGGUGCCCAAUCGUUCGGCGGUUACUCAAGUCGUCGCAAGCAAUUUCCUUUGGCUUUAGUUUUGGCUCCCACUCGUGAGUUGGCCACACAGAUCUUCGAUGAAGCUCGCAAAUUUAGUUACCGUUCCCGCGCUCGCCCUUGUGUCGUCUAUGGCGGUGCCAACGUCGCUGAUCAGAUGCGAGAUUUGGAUCGCGGAUGCCAUUUGUUAGUGGCUACGCCCGGACGUUUGGUGGACAUGUUGGACCGAGGCAAGAUCUCCUUAGAGUAUUGCAAGUUUUUGGUUUUGGAUGAAGCCGAUCGUAUGUUGGAUAUGGGUUUCGAGCCCCAAAUCCGUCGCAUUGUUGAGGAGAACAAUAUGCCCCCCACUGGAGAUCGUCAGACUCUCAUGUUCAGUGCUACGUUUCCUAAGGAAAUUCAGAUGCUCGCUCGUGACUUUUUACACGACUACAUUUUCUUGACCAUUGGUCGCGUGGGAUCCACGUCUGAAAAUAUUACUCAGAAGAUUGUCUGGGUUGAAGAGUCGGACAAGAAGUCAUUUCUAUUGGAUUUGCUCGAUGCUGCUGGACUCAACAACAGUGAGGCUGCACCGGAAGACGCUAGUUUGACGCUGGUUUUUGUCGAAACGAAAAAAGGUGCCGAUUACUUGGACGACUACUUGUAUAAGGUGGGCUUCCCGGUGACUUCUAUUCACGGAGAUCGAACCCAAAAGGAACGUGAAGAGGCCCUUCGCUGUUUUAAAUCAGGUCGAAGUCCCAUUCUAGUUGCCACUGCUGUCGCUGCUCGUGGUUUGGACAUCCCCAAUGUCAAGCACGUCAUCAACUUCGAUCUACCCUCUGAUGUGGAAGAGUACGUCCAUCGAAUUGGACGAACUGGUCGUAUGGGAAACCUAGGCUUGGCCACAUCCUUCUUCAACGACAAGAAUCGCAAUCUCGUGAAGGAGCUGGUUGACCUGAUCGUGGAAUCGAAUCAAGAUCUCCCCAACUGGUUGGAGGCCCUGGCCAUGGAGAAUCGCUCGUCUUGGGGCGGCGGAGGCAACCGCCGCGGUCGUGGUGGGCGUAACAACUUUUCUUCUCGCGAUUACCGCAUGGAUUCGCGCAGUGGUGGGGGAGGAGGGGGCGGCGGCGGCGGUGGAGGGGGUCGGCCGAAUCGAGGCGGUGGUGGAGGCUUUGGCGGUGGGUCCCGCGGAUGGCAAGGUCCUCCGGGUGCCAGCAAUGACUACGGUGGAAACUACGGCUCAGGCGGCGGAGGUGGUGGUAACCACAUUGAUUGGUGGUAAAUUACCGACCAGGAAUGGUUCAAUCCAACGCGUCUCCCUCACAUUACCCUCGCCCCUCCCUCCCUUUUCCCACAUUACCCCCUUUUCCGCCACGGGGGGCGUCAAAAGCAUUGAUAGCCCUCAAGUGGAGGCGCUGGCUUGAAAACUACUACAACAUCUACAACUACAAACAGGAGGCUUCUCCCUCCCUCUCUCAUGUAUUCGAAACCAACACUUCAUGAUUUAACACAGAGGAAACAAAGAAAAUGUUGUAAAUAAAUGGCAAACGUUCCAUA